UGCAGAUAUGUCACAAUCAGUAUCCGAAGCAGGACCCUCAACAGCACAAGAGAGCACCAUAGAGGGGGUAGCUGCCCAGGAUGAGGGGGACAAGCAGUCGCAAUUACGGUUUUCUAAGGAGGAAAGAAAAGCAUACAAGUUGCAGCACAAGCAAAUGAAGGAGAGAAAGAAAGCUCAACGUCGACAACUUGAAGAUGCAGAAGCGCUCCAGCGUGCACAAGUGAGCGAUCUUCUCGCCAACGGCAGUCUCUCGACGGUACCCUACUACUACAAAGAUGACGUUAAAACAGAUGAGCUACUCAGCACUCUCGCACUGCACCGCAACUGGACUGAGGUGCAACAGAAAGCCGAUGUACGGUCUCUGUAUCACAACCGGCUUUAUACUGUCGGUGAUCUGCGCUCACUCAGCACUGCGUCGUGGGAUACGGUAGAGCUCCUGCCACUCGUUAAAGAUCUACUGAGAAGGGCCAUAGAACUGCGAUGUCUCACACCGUUGCCCGUAUUUGAACGCCUUGAGCUAGAUGAUAGUUCUGCAUCCUCGCCAGGUGUGUCCGAUAUGUCGAUACUCACAGCACAGUCACAGAGUGCUUCGGUGGGUGGCCGCUCCCAUUCGUCAGCGCUGAUUGGCUGGGAUAAAUACAAACGCUUGGCGCAAGCGCAGAGAUUCGGGAAAGACGCAAUGUCGCAGUCGAGUAGAAGGAUGACCGUACAAGACGGUGGGAAAACAUAUGAGGUCGAUCGAUAUUGUCCACACAAAAAUGUCGAUAUGAAGGGAAUGCCGGUUAGGAAUGGAGUGCUCACCUGCACAAAGCACGACUGGAGAUUCGAUCUCAGAAACGGUGGUAUGUGUGCAAGGAAGGGAAAAAGCGUCAAUGCUGUAUGUCUGGCCGCGGAUCCCAAGUUAGCCUGGUAGUGAUUGUCUACCACCCGAUAGUACAGAGCUUCUGUCCAUUCUUAAUGGGUAGUGUCUGGAGUGGGAACUUUCGCUUUUCCUUCCGAGACAAGCACGUACUGGAAACGGAUGAAGUUGUAGUGCAGAGAUGUGGAGUUCAGACCGAGUUUAUUGGAGCGGAUCGACUACUUUUAUUUGUUCAGAUGGCAAACCGCGGAGGUGUUGUCUACUUGAAGUGGUACAGUGGUAGGGUUAGUUUUGUAAGGUACGUCAUACAUGUAGUGCAGCAUCUGCUUGGUAGGAUAGUCCUAACUAAUCGUCAGCAGUAAAGGUCUUACGCUGAAUUAAAAGGCUAGACAGAAUGCAUCCCAUGCCGGUGUCAAUCACUCGUGGCAGAUUGGAUUGGGGCGAGGUAUCGCAGGGUUAUCUCAUGAAAUCAGGUCGAAAGCCCUGGGCUUAGACCAGGACUCUCUUAGAGUGUACGAAACGGAGGGCUUUUCUCGUCCAGGCUUGCUCGCAAGAGCUCAAUUCUCGCAGCACGGGCAAAGAGCGCUGAUACUAUCCGAACCGGUUACACUCGCAGCUCACUUACACAUCGCAGUAAGCCUUAAUCCCACACCUGUGGUACUGGAUGCGUUGUCAAGAGUUACGGGAAGUGCGACAAUUCCAACGGCGCGCAUAUGCACUCACGCAACAGACAGCUAUUUCUAGCCAGCAUGUGCUCUUUAUAGUCACUGGCCUGUGCUAAAAAUAGCCACAACUUGCGCGACGAUAUAAGCCAUUGCCAGACAACCAUCAGCAGCCACAAUACAACCACGUACGCGGUGUGCAUUACCUUAAAUUAGAAGGCUCAGUACUGAGUCCGAACUUGGGAUUUGACUUCAGAAGGCUAUCGUUUGCCUGAGUGUUGGCUUGAAUGUGGGAGCCUCGGAAUGCCCUAUGGGGAGGGCGAUUGUUCAACAUAUGUACUAUCCUUGCCAAGCACGAACGUAAUACACAUUGGAAUCAAAGCGCUCUUGUUAUGUACAAGGCCAUCAGAGCAAAUAACAGUUGUGAAUUAAAUUGUACACCACAACUCACUCAAUCCGCCAUGGGUAGUGUUUCACUUUUCUCCGUCUCCGAAUCUUUCGCUUGGGCUUUGAGUAUACUCAGCUCUUCCUCCAAACGCACAAUGGUAUCCUUGUGUUUGCUUUCGACCGAUCUCAGGCGGUGUAAGGAUUGUCUGUGGUUGGUGAGGGGUUAUAAAUAUCAAGUAAAGCUCCAAAAAUAUAAAUCUAGCGAAGGAUUUAAGGAUUUAGAAAAUAAAAGUGAUCAACGACAUCAGAGUAAAACUAUAACACCGCGGGCGACUGUUUAGCACAACCAUCACAUUUUAU